AUGAUCCGCAAUUCAUUCGACGUCGAGGUGAUCGUAGACGCCAAUCAGGUCCCUACGAUGAAGAAGUACACGACAGCGGAAUCAUUUCCCAUUGUGUUGACGCUGAGCGUGAAGCGUUUUACAUACCAUCCGGAACAGGGACCGGUCAAGUUACAGCAAUUUGUAAACGCUGCGCCCGUCAAUGGUUCUGGCCCGUUGACUCCUCUUCCUGUGUACGAGUUGUUUGCAGUCGUGUCGCAACUGAGCAAGUACGUGGUGGGAGGUCACUACACUUGCGUUAGCCGCGACAACAAAGACCAGUGGUUUCGUUACGAUGAUGAGCAUGUAACAUCGAUCUCGGAGGCUGCGGCGCUCAGUGAUACUGCUUACUUGUUGCUCUAUAUCCGAACAAGUAAACAGCCACCUGAACCGGUUGUAGUGCAGUCCUCACUUUCAAGAUCCCCAUUAAUCAAGGCGACGAACGCUAGUGCCUCAAGAUGCAAGAGUAGCAACGUCACCGGGAAAAAAGUUCCUGGUGGAAAGAAUUGGAAACAGCCCGCAUCUGCGUCAUCAGUACUUUCUCCGGCACCUCGACUGAUUCCAUCCAUGUCUCCAACAAAACAAGCCGUGGCAACAGCGUCGAAGGCAAAAAAGUCUAGUAAAAAGAAAGCUUGUGGGGAGGGAGAUAGCAGCCAGGGUAGUGAGAGAUAA